CUGCGCCGGUGGCGGCCGAUGACGGUCUUGGUCCUGGUGGUCUUGGGAGCCUCGUACUCUCGUUUCUUCUUCCUCUCGCACGCGGUCGCUGCAUAUUCUCCCACACCCCAAUUUCUGCAUCUUCGUGUCCUCCGAUCGCACCCAACUUCAGCAAGUUAAAGCCGUGCGUUGUCUCUACCCUACGGCCACAAACAGAGGCCUCGUCACCGGAGGGAGGCGGUGAGAUCUCCCGGCGGCAUGUCGUUGGAUUCGGACUCCUCUUCGCAGGGCGGCGACCGCCGGAGCUUCCGGCAGAUCACACGAGACCGAUUAUUAUUUGAAAUGCUCAGGUCGACUAGGAAGGAUUCAAAAUCAGCAUGGAAGGUUCUUAUCAUGGAUAAGUUUACGGUCAAGAUAAUGUCCUACUCAUGUAAGAUGGCAGACAUCACAGAAGAAGGGGUUUCAUUGGUUGAAGAUCUAUACAAACGGAGACAGCCAUUGCCUUCACUGGAUGCUAUAUAUUUCAUCCAACCAACUAAAGAAAAUGUUGUUAUGUUCCUCUCUGACAUGUCAGGAAGAAGCCCGUUAUACAAGAAGGCGUAUGUGUUUUUCAGUUCUCCCAUACAGAAAGACUUAGUUGCUCAAAUAAAAAGGGAUUCAAGUAUAUUACCUCGUAUUGGUGCACUUAGUGAGAUGAAUUUGGAGUACUUCCCUAUUGAUUCCCAGGGUUUCAUAACUGACCAUGAAAGGGCAUUGGAAGAGCUUUUCUGUGAGAGUGCAGAGGGCUUCAACAAAUACAAUGCUUGUUUGAAUGCAAUGGCUACUCGUAUAUCUACAGUAUUUGCAUCAAUGAGGGAAUUUCCCCGUGUGCACUACCGCAUUGCCAAGACCAUUGAUGCUUCUACAAUGACAACACUAAGGGACAUGGUGCCCACAAAGAUUGCUGCUGGUGUAUGGAAUUACCUUUCCAAAUAUAAAACGUCAAUUCCUGAAUUCCCGCAGACAGAAACUUGUGAACUUCUCAUAGUAGACCGUUCAGUAGAUCAGAUCGCACCAAUAAUUCAUGAAUGGACUUAUGAUGCCAUGUGCCAUGAUCUGCUAUGCAUGGAUGGUAACAAGUACAUACAUGAGGUUUCAAGUAAAAAUGGUUCAGCCUCAGAAAAAAAGGAGGUCCUGUUAGAGGACCAUGAUCCAGUUUGGCUUGAACUUCGACAUUCCCAUAUAGCAGAUGCAAGUGAAAGACUUCAUGAUAAGAUGACACAUUUUGUCUCGAAGAACAAAGCUGCCCAACUACAGCAAGCAAGAACUGGAGGAGAGCUAUCAACUAGAGACCUACAAAAAAUGGUUCAAGCUCUUCCACAGUACACUGAUCAAAUUGACAAGCUUUCGCUGCAUGUCGAGAUUGCAGGAAAACUCAAUGUCAUAAUAAGGGAGCAAUGUCUUAGAGAUGUUGGACAACUAGAGCAAGAUCUUGUAUUUGGUGAUGCUGGGACAAAAGAAUUAAUCAAUUUUUUCCGGACACAAUUGGGUGUAAGUCGUGAAAAUAAGUUGCGUCUGCUCAUGAUUUACGCAGCAAUCAAUCCAGAGAAGUUUGAAAGCGAUAAGGGUACAAAAAUGAUGCAGUUGGCAGGAUUAUCUGCUGAUGACAUGAUCGCUGUGAAUAAUAUGCGCUGCUUAUGCACUGACACAAAAAAGUCCUCAGGAGGAGGUUUUACACUGAAAUUUGAUGUUCAGAAGAAAAAACAUGCACAUAGAAAAGAGCGAACAACGGAACAAUCAGCAUGGGCACUGUCCCGAUUUUAUCCGGUUCUGGAGUGUGGGUAUUACGCCGAAGCCUUGGACCCCUGCGGUGCGACUCCAGCCAGGGAGGGGUUGUUGCACAGCAUAGGCAAGGGAAGAAUUAUCAGAUGGGAGAUAAUUUGAUUCUUUGUUGCUAGCCUGAUCUGACUAGGAGGUGGGCACUAUAAAGUGCAUACAGAAGACUUGAGGCCUAAGGCUAGGAUCCUAGCAAACGUGGAAAGGACUAUACAAACUAGGAAACAAUUUCUAGAGAUAAGACCCUACCAAACUUCAAGAUGCAGAUUUGUUUCCUAAUGUGAACUGCUACCGGUUGCACCAGCUAAGCCCACAUGUGACAGCUGGUUUCACCCCAAUCUGCUAAGCUAUCUCUGACAACUGCAGCAACAGCAACAACAACUUUAGUCGCAAACAAGUUGGGGUAGACUAGAGCUGAAACUCAUAAGAUCUCGAAACUGACUCAUGGUUCUGGCACGUGGAUAACUAACUUCCAUGCACCCCUGUCCAUGGCUAGUUCUUUAGUGAUAUUCCAGACCUUCAGAUCUUUCUUUAUGGACUCCUCCCAUGUCAAGUUUGGUCUACCUUGCCCUCUCUUGACAUUAUCAGCAUGCAUUAGCCAUUAGCUAUGCACUGGAGCUUCUGGAGGCCUGCGCUGAAUAUGGCCGAACCAUCUCAGGCGAUGUUGGACAAGUUUCUCUUCAAUCGGUGCUACCCCAACUCUAUCACAUAUAUCAUCAUUUAGGACCCGAUUCUUUCUUUUGUGGCCGCACAUCCAUCUCAACAUGCGCAUCUCCGCUACACCUAACCGGUGAAUAUGUCGCCUUUUCAUCAGCCAACGCUCAGCCAUACAAUAUUGCGGGUCAAAUCGUCGUUCGGUAGAACCUACCUUUUAGAUUUUGUGGCACUCUCUUGUCACGGAGAACGCCAGAAGCUUGACGCCACUUCAUCCAUCUGGUUUUGAUACGAUGGCUCACAUCCUCAUCGAUAUCACCAUCCUUCUGCAACAUUGACCUCAAAUGUCGAAAGGUGUCCUGUUGAGGUAUCACCUGCCCAUCAAGGCUAACCUCCUCAUGCUUAGUAGUACUGAAACCGCACCUCAUGUACUCCGUUUUAGUUUUACCAAGUCUAAAACCUUUUGAUUCCAUGGUUUGUCUCCAUAGCUCUUAACUUUCUAUUAACCCCCACCCAACUAUCAUCGACUAGCACCACAUCAUCCGCAAAGAGCAUACACCACGGGAUAUCUCCUUGUAUAUCCCUUGGGACCUCAUCCCUCACCAAAGCAAAAGGUUAAGGGCUCAAAGCGGACCCUUGGUGCAGUCCUAUUUUAAUCGGGAAGUCAUCAAUGCCGCCAUCAUUUGUUCGAACACUUGUCACAACAUUAUCGUACAUGUCCUUGAUGAGGGUAAUGUACUUUGUUGGGACUUUGUGUUUCUUCAAGGCCCACCACAUGCCAUUCCGCGAUAUUUUAUAGUAGGGACUUUGUUGGGACUUUGUUUUGGCAGGCAGGUCAAGUGCCAGCAUUGCGUGCACCGGCAUUGCUGUCAAGGUGUUUUUUGCCAACACCAAUCUGCCACUCCGGUGUAGUAGAGAGGCUCGCCAACUUGGUAACUUGUCGGUCACCCUAUCCACCGAAUGCUGCAGUUGAGCUGGGGACGGUUUGCGUAGCCCAAGCGGUAGGCCAAGGUAUGUGCAUGGGAAUGGGAGGGUUUGGCAUUUGAGCUCCUCCGGAACUAUAUCCACCUGCUUUGGACUGCAUCUGAUGAGAUGUGCAGAGCACUUGGCCAGGUUUGUGCAAAAGCCGGAUGCCUUCCCAAAGUCGUCUAUCAUUCUGACACAGGCUCUCAGCCCCUCUGUGUCUGGCGCCACAAUGUCAUGACGUCGUCCGCAUAUAUGGACAUACGGUGGUGAAGUCCCACGGUGGCUAGGGGAGGCAGAAUACCCUGCUCAGCAGCAGGUGGUGAAGUCCCACAGUGGCUAGGGGAGGCAGAAUACUGUAACGCCCUCGAUGCGGCUAUAUCUCCCAUGUGUCGAAGCAUGACUUAGAGGCAUAACCGCAUUGAAAGCAAUGUCGCAAGUGAGGUAAUCUUCACACAACCCAUGUAAUACAUAAGGGAAAAAGAUACA